AUUUUAUAUUUUCUCACGUUUUUAUAAAUGACAGAAGAAAAAAAGGGUAAAGUUAAGAAGUUGAUUAAAUUAGAAAAAGAGAUUCAAGGCUAUUGGAAUGAGAACAAAUUAUUUGAAAUUGAUGCUUACUCUAAAAAUAAAAAAUCGGAUGAAAAAUAUUUUGUAACUUUUCCUUAUCCUUAUAUGAAUGGUCCUCUUCAUUUAGGCCAUGCUUUUACUAUGUCUAAAUGUGAAUUUUCUGUUGGAUACCAAAGAUUGAAAGGCAAAAACUGUUUAUUUCCAUUAAGUUUUCAUUGCACUGGAAUGCCAAUAAAGGCUUGUGCUGAUAAAUUGAAACUAGAGGUUAAAAAUUUUGGAUAUCCUCCAAAAUUUCCGUCUAAAUCUGAUAAAGCUAGCAUUGAAAUAAAUAAUCUGGAGGUUAAGGAAAAUAAUAAUAAUGUUGGUAGGAGUGGAAAGAGCAAACUAAUAGCAAAGGGAGGUGGGGAAACCAAAUAUCAAUGGGAAAUCAUGAAACAGUUGGGAUUUUCAGACAAAGAAAUUUUGGAAUUCAUAGAUCCUUACCAUUGGAUUGAUUAUUUCACUAAACAAGCUAUUAUGGAUGCCAAGAGCUUAGGAUUGAAAAUUGAUUGGAGACGUUCAUUUGUUACAACUGAUAUAAACCCUUUCUAUGAUUCUUUUGUUAAAUGGCAAUUCCGGAAAUUGAAACGCACUCACAGGGUGAAAUUUGGAAAGAGAUACACCAUAUUUUCUCCAGCAGAUAAGCAACCUUGCAUGGACCAUGAUAGGCUUAGUGGGGAGGGAAUUCUGCCACAGGAAUACACGUUGAUCAAACUUAGAGUCUUAGAACCCUUCAACAAGCCUUUACAACAGUUUCUAGACUCCCCUCAUCUUAAAAAAAUCAGCUGGAGUGGUCGAGUGUAUUUACCCGCAGCUACUCUAAGGCCAGAAACUAUGUAUGGCCAAACCAAUGCUUGGAUCCACCCUGAUAUUCUUUAUAAAGCCUUUUUGGCUGGGAAAAACUUGGAAAAUGACGGGAAAGCUAAUGCCUCACAAAAUGGCGAUGGUAACAUGGAUAUUUAUGUGUGUUCUUCAAAUGGCGCUAGGAAUAUGAGUUUUCAAGGCUUUACCGGUCAAUUUGGGGAGAUCAUCGAACUAGGAACCAUACCUGGCAAGGAUUUGCUAGGAUUGAAACUGAAGGCCCCUUAUUCAAAAUACGACGUAGUCUACUCCCUGCCUAUGAUGACCAUCAACGAAGAUAAAGGAACGGCCAUAGUAACCAGUGUUCCUUCUGAUUCUCCCGACGACUAUGCCGCCUUGCUUGAUCUCAAAAAUAAGCCCAAUCUUAGAUCUAAGUAUUCUAUUGGGGAUGAAAUGGUCCUCCCCUUCGAACCGAUUCCCAUAUUAGAGAUAGAAGGAUUAGGAACCCUCUGCGCCAAGGAGAUGUGCCAAAAAUUUAAGGUUCAAAGCCAGAACGAUAAGGAAAAGCUGAAGCAGGCCAAGGAUUUACUUUAUCUCAAGGGAUUCUACGAAGGGGUCAUGUUAACGGGAGCUUAUACCGGGCGCAAGGUAUCUGAGAUCAAAAAAAACGUGCAAAGCGAUUUGAUUGCCGAAGGCUUGGCGGAUGUCUACAUGGAACCGGAAGGUCUCAUAGUCUCUCGUUCCGGUGACAGAUGCAUCGUGGCCUUAUGCGAUCAAUGGUAUUUGGAUUACGGUGAAGAAAAGUGGAAAAGUCAAGUCAGGAAUUACGUUGAAAAUGGGUUGAGCACGCUGAACAGUUUGGAAAUCAAAAAGAAUUUUCUGGCUACCUUGGAUUGGUUACAGGAACAUGCUUGUAGCAGGCUAUACGGGCUAGGCAGUAAAAUACCUUGGGACGAUGGAUGGCUUAUAGAAUCCUUGUCUGAUUCGACAAUUUACAUGGCGUAUUAUACGAUAGCUCAUCUUUUGCAGGGCCUGGACAAUCUGGAAGGAAAGCUCGAAAAUGCAUUGCAUAUAAGACCCGCGCAAAUGACCGACAAGGUAUGGGAUUACUUAUUCGACCUUAACCCUGAUCCACCUACCAAUGGCGUCGAAGAUAAUGGCAUUCCCCUCUCGGCUUUGAAUCGACUCAAGGCCGAAUUCUUGUAUUGGUACCCGGUCGAUUUGAGGGUAAGUGGCAAAGAUUUAGUUCCUAACCAUCUGACUUACUACCUGUAUAAUCAUAUAGCCAUAUGGGAAAACGAUCCAUCUAAAUGGCCUAAAAGUAUUCGAGCGAACGGUCUAUUGAACCUCAAUUCAGAAAAGAUGUCAAAAUCGACGGGAAAUUUUAUGACAUUAUCUCAAGCUGUUGGUCAUAGAAAAGAGUAUCAAGAAGAAGGCAGCGAUUAUUUUGGGGCGGACGGGACGCGGCUCGCUUUGGCAGAUUCCGGCGAUUCUCCCAUCGAAGACUCGAACUUUUGCGUGCAAACGGCUACUGUUAAUGGCGUCUUGAAGCUUUACGCCUUCUUGCAGUGGGCCCUAGCUUUUAAUAGCGAAUCAUUCGACGACCAACAUCAACAUAAUUUAAUCAAAGAACUCCGUUCGGGAAUUAGCGUCGAUACCAUAAGAAGAGGAUCUAAAUACACGGAUUUCUUCCCCGAUAAAAUUUUUGCAAACGAGAUAAACGACACUAUUAACCAGGCGGAAUACUUUUAUGAACGGAUGAUGUUUAAAGAAGCUUUAAAAAUUUGCUUUUUCGAAUUUCAAGGAGCGAGGGAUAGGUACCGAGAACUCUGUAUGGAUUUGGGCAUGAAUUAUUCGCUUAUCGCUAGGUAUAUAGAAGUGCAAUGCUUGCUGCUUUCGCCUAUAUGCCCACACGUUACCGAAUUCAUAUGGCUGCAUUCCUUGAAAAUGAAAACUUCUAUAACUCAAGCCAAAUGGCCCCUGGCUGGAAAGGUGGAUAAGAAUUUGCUAGAAGCUUCCAAAUAUCUCUGGAAAAAUGCUCACGAAUUCAGGAUUCACCUGAAAAGUUUACUGAUUGGCAAAAAGAAAGAAUUCGCUGGUAAAAAGCCUACCAAUGCCAUCAUAUACGUAGCUAAAGAUUUCCCCCAUUGGCAAAAGAUCGUUAUAGAUACUUUAACUACUUUGAAGAAGAAUAACGGUGGCACCUUACCCGAUAACAAAUUCAUAUCCGAAGCGCUUUACAAAAUACCCGCUCUCGAGAAAUACAAGAAGAAAAUUAUGCCCUUGGUUCAAACCAUUAAGGAUAAUUUUGACGAAGAGAAAACAUUUUUACUGGACGAACAGAACAUUUUACAGCAAAAUAUCAAAUAUUUGUGCAACACUUUGGAGCUUAAAAGGAUAGAUGUACUUGCCGAUACCCAAGACGACAAAAUAGAAUGUUGUCCCGGAAAACCAGCGAUCGUAUUUGGGUUUGAACCGGUAUUUGAUAUCCUGUUUAUCAACAAGCAAGUAGGGGCCCCUUAUUUCGAAAUAAACCUACCCGUGACCCAAAACGAAAGGGUGGCUGAUAUCAUUGACAGAAUAAAUAAAUAUCUGGCACGCUCGGCCGAUUUCAAGGCUAAAGAUAUAUUCCUCUGCAGAUACGAAGACCCCUUGUUAGGGCCCAGAAUGCUCCCAUCUUGCUUGGAUUAUGAAGAGCAACUCUUUGGUCCAAAUAAGCUUGCUACUUCUUUACCACCCACUCAUUUACAUCCCGUACCAAUGGAAAGCAAAUUCUUCUCUGAGCCAGAUGACAAAAAUGGUCUGAAAAUAUUUUUAUUUCCCAAGGAAAAAGAUUUUUUCGAAGUCGGGAAAACGUUGGUUUAUCACGUUUCCGCCUGAAAUCUAUUUUAAAAUAUUUUUUACAUAUAAAUCAUUUUUUUAUAUAAAAUAAAAAAGAAAUUGAUUUGAUCUGUAAUAUAUUAAUUUUUAUGUUUAGGUAUUUUUUGCGUUCCUAUAGAAAAAUUUGUUCCGCCCCCUUUCGAACCUUUCUGACAGAUGAUAUUUCAUUUCCAUUUUCAAUCAAACAUUUUUAUCUGGUAAUCUUUAUUCAUAAAUCAAUUAUUGAAGACCCAAACAUUAAUAUAUUGCCUGAAAUAUUUAUCGUUUAAAUUUAUACGGUGAUAACAAUUAUAAAUUUGAGUGUGAAAAAAAACAACUUAUUGCCAACCCUAAUUUUGUAACCUUAUUAUCCACUUAAAAUUUAUUAUAGCAUACUUUCAAAACUUUCUAAUUUGGGCAC